GCCCAUUUUAGUCUCCCCCGUCAGCUCUGUGGAAUGAACAUUAUGCAGACCCCCAAAAAAGGUCCAGCCUGCGGUCACCACAGGCGCUUCGGUCCGUUUGCAAAAAGUAGCCAUUUUUCUUCACUCUGCAGACUUUAACUGCCUGAACAUACUCGCUCUACCCUGGUCCUCUGGCUGAAACUGCAUCAGGAUGUCUACUUCACCUGAUGUUACCUUCUUUCCCAUGUUGCCCACAUUAACCUCGUCAUCUCCAGGGGUUCCAGCUGUGGAGCCCAAUGCCACCUCCUGCCAGGAGUGGGAACAAGCCCACCACAUGCUUUUCCAUCUGGGGAACCUAUCCCUGCUGCUGGGCUUGGCCAUUCCUACCACUCUGGGGCUGCACAUGAUCAUGCUGCGCCUCUUCCUGAUGACAGGAUGUUGUCUCUUCAUUGCUUGGGCCACUUUGUAUCGUUGCAAUCUUGAUGUGAUGGUGUGGAACGUGGUGUUUUUGGUGGUCAACUUCAUGCACUUAUUCUUUCUUCUGUACAAGCGCAGGCCGAUUAAGAUUGACAGGGAGCUGCGGUCUGUCUACAAGCGGAUGUUUGAGCCUCUCCAUGUGCAGGAGGCUUUAUUUCAAAGGCUUACAGGACAGUUCUGCACCAUCCAGACUGUGAAGAAAGGACAAGCCUAUGCUGUUGAGGACAAGACCUCUGUGGAUGAACGUCUCAGCAUUUUGCUCAAAGGAAAGAUGAAGGUGUCAUAUCGAGGUCAUUUUCUUCACAACAUCUAUACCAACUCAUUCAUCGAUUCUCCGGAGUUCAGGUCUACUGAGAUGCACAGAGGGGAGAAGUUCCAGGUGACAAUAGUGGCAGAGGAGAACUGCAAGUUCCUGUGUUGGUCUCGGGAACGGCUCACUUACUUCCUGGAAUCAGACACUUUUCUGAAUGAGGUGUUCAAGUACCUGAUCGGCAAAGACAUCACCAACAAACUUUACUCUCUAAAUGAUCCCACGCUUAGUGAUAAGGCAGUGAAAAAAAUGGACCGUCAGCCCAGCCUGUGCUCUCAGCUUUCCAUGAUGCAGAUGAGGAACAGCAUGGCAAGCACUAGUGACACAGAUGAUGUCCUUAACCAGAUCCUACGAGGAGGAUCUACAGGAUCAUCACUCCAAAAAUCACCAGAAACCAAGUCCUCAACUAAGAUGAAGCCUAUAGAGGAAGGCAUGGAGGAUGAUGUUUUUGAAGAAUCAGCCUCCUCUCUCCAGCAGCACAAAGCUUCCACCAAAGAAGUGUAGCAAGCAGGUGAAGAACAACCAGAAUCAGAAGUUGUUUACGGCCUCCUUUAGAGCCUGACUUCUUUACUGGUAUCCUGCCUUUGCCAAUAAAUAAAGAAAAUGUUCAAGACAGUGUGAAUAUUAGUUUUCAUUUCUAAACACCAUUUAUAAACAAUGUCUUCAGAGUUUGUUCAUCAGAAAGCAUGAGUUUCAUUUUUCUUUGUACUUUUUGAGUGUUGUUUAAAAAUCUACCUUUUUAAAAUAUGUUGCUUUUAUGGAAAAACAAGACAACGUAUUGCUUUGAUGGAAUGUAUAUGAAAUAUUAUGAUUGUCUGUGUGUUUAGGCUUUUACUUGUACUUUAUGAAGGACCGAUACUGCCAUAAUAAAUAAACGACUCAAUAAAAAAAUUACUGGGCCACAAUUUAUCUAGAAUUAUAAAUUAGUGCACCAUUAAAUGCAACAAAAUAAUAAAAAGAAAAAAAAACUAUUUAAUAAUUUAUCAGAUAAAAACAUACAAUUCCAUUUUUCCACUAAUUUUAUUUAAACCAAUUUUCAAUUCCUAUAUUUUCUUCAACCCUAAAGACCAUAUUUACCACGCUUCAUUUUUGAAAAAUGUAUAUCUGAAUAUUAUUCAGGAAGUAUAAUUGUAAAUGUUUAAAGAUGCUAAAUUAACGUUGAAGUUCUUAAAAUAUGUUCACUCUCGUUAGAUUGUGAAAACAGUCCGUCAUUGAGUCAUGCCUGUAUUUUGAAAACGUGAAUGCCUUAAUACUAGUUAGUACUAAUCUACUUUCUGAUCCACAAAGCUCCUAGCUUCUUUGGUAACAACAUGACAGAAGUUAGCUGCUUUUAGCGACUCUUUUUCAGAACCAGAUAGGCAUAAUGAGGCUCAGCACCUAUUUUAUAGAGGUUUGACUUCAGCAGAUAGGAAAGAAGAUGAGGCAGUGAUGCUGUUCCAAAGACUGUCCCUCUGUCUCUGUCCAGCCCCCUUUGUUUUAACAUUAUCAGAUCCAUGUUGAGAUUUAAAAGACAACACAGCAACCAAUGAAUGUAAAAAAGAAACACGCAAAUCAAUGGGCUCAAAUUAAAUAAAUUUAAUAAAUUUAAUAAAAUUUGUGAAUUAAAAGAGAAAUAAAUAUUUAUAUCUGAUAAAAUUAAUACAUUUUUGAAAAAAUCUCUUCUUUUCAUUAUUUUGUUUUUGCAUUUAAUAGCACACCAAUAUAUAUUUCAUGCUACUUUUUGACCCAGUAAUUUUUUUAUUGAUUAUUGUUUUCAUUCUUGUAUGUAUUGGUCAUCAAUGUUGUCAUUGUUCUGUUGGGAAUUCACUGCUGUACAACAAUAAAUUUGUGUCAUCUGUUA